CACAGUUUCCCUCCCCCAAAACUACUUUCCCACAAACCCAGACCAGAGCAGCUUGCGUCUAUCGUUUCUUUUCUUGUUGGCCUUCUCCUUGCCUUGCUUUUGCUUGCUCGUUGCUUCUUGAGCUCGAGCCCGCCCCUUCUGCGCCUUGCCCAAGUCUCUGUGUGUUUUUUAUAGGCUUGAGAGCUUGGAAUAGCGGGGGGUGGAGGAAGCGGAAGAGGAGCUUCGUUUUGUGUUCUAGAGGGAGUCAUGUUCCAUGGCGGCAGGCCUCUGUCCCUCCGGGGGUCUCUCAAGGCGCUUGAAGCUGAUAUCCACCAUGCCAACACCCUGGCGCAUGCUAUACACAGGGCGUAUGGGGGUGCCUGCGUGCAGAUGAGGCUGUCCUACAGCUCCAUGGCUCCAAUCUUUCUCAACCUUAUCCAAUGGAUGGACUGCAGCUGCUCCCUGUCAUACACGCUCCCUAGCUACCUUGGCCUGCUCGAGGUUCUCGUCUACAAGGUUUAUGUCGAUGAAGAUGCCUCCAUAUCCACCAUAGAAAGGAGGGCGAGCCUGAAGGAAUUCUACACUAUCAUAUACCCUUUCUUGCAACAACUGGAGGACAACUUGAUGGACAAGGACUGCAAGGACAAAGGGUGGUCUGCUGCUGCCGCCGCCGGCGGCGGCGGCGGUCGGAAGCUUGUUGCCGAAGAUGACAGGGAGGAUGAGUGUGGCAUUUGCCUGGAGACCUGCACCAAGAUGGUCCUUCCGAAUUGCAACCAUGCCAUGUGCAUCAACUGUUACCGAGACUGGUACACAAGGUCCCAGUCAUGCCCGUUCUGCCGCGGGAGCCUGAAGAGGGUCCGGUCCAGAGACCUGUGGGUGCUCACCGGCGACGACGACGUGAUCGACACGGUGACGCUGGAGAAGGAGAACGUGAAGCACUUCCUCAGCUUCAUCGACAGCCUGCCCCUGAUCGUCCCCGACAACAUGCUGCUGGUCUACUACGACUACCUAGUCUAGCAAGGCUCCUCCCCCCACCCCCCACUCUGAAGCUCUGGAAGAGGAAGGGGGUCUGGGAAGAAGACGCGGCGUACAAGCGACAAGGGUUACCCGCAGCCGACCAUCCUCUGCGGAUCGAGUUGGCAAAGCGAAGCCGUUGCCGACCAACAGACGAUACUCUCGUGGGCAUGCCACGCCGUUGCGCUGGCUUUAUUGCAUGGUGGCGUUGCUCGCUGUAAUGGUUGUAAAUAAAGAAGGAAAAUGUCUCGGGUUUUAUAUAUAAUAUACUAGCUUGACAUUUCUCGUCUGGCGAAUUGCCGGACUGUUCAGAAUGAAGAAAUCAGGGGGCCUCUACUUCUCUGCUCUAU